CUCUGACCCACUACAACAGACUUGCCUAAUUUGUCCUUAUCUAACCGAUAGGGGGUGGGGUGGGGGGCAAGGCGUUCAGGUGAAAUGGAAAUCUUGAGAUAGAGCGUUCGCUUAGAUCUACUAUACUCUUUAGUCUAGAUCUACACUACUCUCUAGUCAUGUUACUCUUGUGCAGAAUGAAAAUUUCGGUUUACUUUGUUCACGCCAUUGUUAAGUUAUAAGUUAGAUUCAGGCCUCACAAGAAACUACAAGGGAAUACUUCCAUGAAAUUGGUUUUAUUUAGAAAUCGUGAAAGUCAGAUCCUGGACGUUUCAAAGAUUUAUUUCACAUUGUUUGCUUUCUGCAUGGAAUUAUUUCUUGUUUGAAAGUGUUACUCUUAUUUUUAUUAGCCCUGGAAAAAGGUAAGUAUAUAUAAGGCCACAGUUAAUGUUUGAUGGAGGACACUGAGAAGGGGGGGGGGGCACCACUAAUAUAGGUCACCACAAGGAUAGACAAUCCUGAAAAUUGUGAACUCCUGAUAUAGUGCUACCACUAUUCAGGGGAGUCACUGAGAUAGAUCCCCUGAGUUGGUGGAGCAAUGAGAUGGGAACCACUGAAAUAGAGCACCACUGUCAUGGGGCUGCCAAUGAAAUUAUAGGAAGUGAGUAAAACAAAGUACCGUAGAGUUAAACCUGAAAAAAAGGAACGCAGCAAAACAACGAAAGUUUUGACAGGAAGCCUUCAUCAGCGAACAAACAGAAAAUCAUAAUAAAUUUUAAAAAAUAGCACUUAGCUGAGAAGUAGUAUCCAACAGGAAAGCAAAUGAAUUGUUGCCCUUCUCGAAUACUACUUCUCAGCUAAGUGCUAUUUUUUUAAAUUUUGUUCUGUUUUUUUUUGUUUUUUUGUUCGCUGACGAAGGCUUCCUGUCGACACGUUCGUUGUUUUGUUGCGUUCCUUUUUUCAGGUUUAACCUUACUUUAUUUUACUCACUUCCUAUUGUGCUAUCCUGAUUGCAGUCUCCCCCCUUAUUAAGUCUAACCAUAUUUAAUUGACUCCCCCUUAAUGGGGAAUACCUGAUAUAGGGAACAUCUUACAUAAGGAACACUUGAUAAAGGGUACAUUUAAAUCGUUAACGACAUGGUUGCAAAAUAUAUGCAUGUUAGCUGGGGUCUAUGUGAGAGAUAAGAAUGUCAUUCUGGAAUGUUCUUGGCGUAGCUAUGGCUCAUAUGAUAUAUUAAUAGUAUUUAUAUGUCUUUGGCAGCACCAAUAUAACUGCUGAAAAUAAUGUCCUGCUGUUGUGGGUGAAGUUCAAUGGCCCCUUUGCAAACCAGAUGAAGGCCAUAUUGUAGAAAUACGCCGUCUUUAGAUCCAUAUAAUACAAUGCAAAAAAGGAAAUUCAGCCUGAUAAAUUUUCACCGACUCCCAAGUAAUCCGUGGACCACAGGUUUAAAAUCCCUGCCAUUUUGGUAUUUUUUUUUACAAGAGGUAUUGUUUACUCAAGAUAUUGUUCACUAAAGGUACUGUUUGCUAAACGUAUAUUUUACUAAAAGUAUUUCUUACUAAAGGUAUUGUUUACUAACAAAUUCCUUCGAGAACGUGCCGAAAAUUGACCUUUAACCUUCCAAUGUUUGGGCUAAUUGAUGAAUGCUCAAGUGGGACCCAUAAAUAAGGCAAGCCAUGGACAGUUUGUUGUAAAGAGGUCCAGGGGGGGGGGAAGUGGAUGGUCAGGAAAAGCUAAUCGAGAAAUGGUGUAACAGAAUAACAAUGGAAGAGUUGUGCAGUUGAAUGAGCAAUGUAUAUUGUCGUUGAAAAAAAAAACCCAAACCUUUCCAGAAAAUCACUAGAAAUGUGGUCAAUCAGAAUUAUAUUAUCAUAAUUCACUAAUUCGAAUACAAUUUACCUUGCAGAUCCUAACUGACUAACGGGCAAGUAGUGGUAAGUUUAGUGCAGCCAAGAACCGCACUGGCAAGAAAGAACACAAUUUUUACUAUUUUCCGGUGGAGAGAAUACAACAAUGGCAAACACGAGCGAUCAGUUUCACGGCUACAGCGAUGACAUCAGCCGUCUGGUACAAAAAGCGCUAGCAACUUCUAAUCUCGACGCAACCCCAACCAAACUGCGUUCAGAAUCUAAAUCUUCCAGAAAACCAUCUAGCAACCAAUCGACAGAAUCGUCCUUGUCCCCAGGACAGGAUUCCUUCUACAAUUUAAGCGGCCAUCUUGACAGGAUCUCUCUGUCAAAUUCUGACCCACCAAAGUAUUCAGAUGUUGCCGGGACCUAUGACUACAACGGGAUUUAUUCGCUGUCCGGUCCGAUAUCCAAACACCGACCAAAAAGCCUGAACAGCCAGAACAGCUUGCAGGACAGCUCAAAACUCCGAGCCUUGCCAACGCCUCGAAACCGGAACUCCGAAAAGAUAACGGAACAAGUGAAUGUUGACAUUCACAACGGCUAUAACAGCCAAGUGAAGAAGAAGAAGACGCCGCUGGACUCGAGAGUUCGGUCCCAUCCCAAGCCGGCGCAGCAAGUGAAAUCUUACACGAAUGAACUGGAGACUGGCCCUCCUUAUUAUGGCAGCAGAAACAAGAGGGUGAAACUCUUGACGGCGGGUCUCGUGAUAGCGGCAGUUAUCGUUCUUGUUUUGACUUUGUUUGUAAUCCUACUGGCUCUCGGAAUCAUCAGUCCAGGGGACUCUACUACGGUAAGACAUAUGGACCGGCUUUGAAAGUUUGCAGCAAAUAUACACUUUAAAAAAAAAAUGAAUAUAGUAUAAAAUCAGUUUGCUUCCUUAACCUUGGGUAUAUAGUGUAAACCCUAAUAACCUGGAUAUGUUGGCCUCUUAAAAAUAUAAAGAAAUACACAAAUAAACGGUUCCUAAAUGAGUCACAGAGAGGUUGAAACGAACUUCUAGAUAUUUUCAAUAGUUUACGUUAAUUUCUGUGUUACGUCACGCAAUGAAGUCAAAUGGUUGAAAACUGAAACUUCUAGAUAUUUUCAAUAAUUUACGUUAAUUUCUGUGUUACGUCACGCAAUGAAGUCAAUUGGUUGAAAACUGAAACUUCUAGAUAUUUUCAAUAGUUUACGUUAAUUUCUGUGUUACGUCACGCAAUGAAGUCAAUUGGUUGAAAACUGAAACUUCUAGAUAUUUUAAAUAGUUUACGUUAAUUUCUGUGUUACGUCACGCAAUGAAGUCAAUUGGUUGAAAACUGAAACUUCUAGAUAUUUUCAAUAGUUUACGUUAAUUUCUGUGUUACGUCACGCAAUGAACUCAAUUGGUUGAAAACUUAAACUUCUAGAUAUUUUCAAUAGUUUACGUUAAUUUCUGUGUUACGUCACGCAACUAAGUCAAUUGGUUGAAAACUUAAACUUCUAGAUAUUUUCAAUAGUUUACGUUAAUUUCUGUGUUAUGUCACGCAAUGAAGUCAAUUGGUUGAAAACUGAAACUUCUAGAUAUUUUCAAUAGUUAACGUUAAUUUCUGUGUUACGUCACGCAAUGAAGUCAAUUGGUGGAAAACUGAAACUUCUAGAUAUUUUCAAUAGUUUACGUUAAUUUCUGUUUGUUUUUCGCCUCUUUCCAAAUCGGUUAAAUAUCUUAUUGCCCCAUAAGAGUCGUGUAUUAGAUAUCUAAACAUGACUAUAGCCAAAUGCCUUGAUUGGCUGAUUCAUGACAAUGCUGGACACCAAACCCUAUGACGUCAAUUUUUACUAUUUAACCUCUUACGAUAACAGUUUUUUCGCUCAUUUUUUAAGACUAGUUGUCUUUCAUAUGUAUAUUAUUUCGUUUACAUUUCUUUCCUUGUGUAUAUGUCUGUAGUGUUACUAUGUUUGUCCCACGAGUGAAGCCCGGGUCAUUUGACGCAGGUGUGAUGCCCGGGUCAUUUGGCGCAGGUGUGAUGACUGGGUCAUUUGACGCAGGUGUGAUGCCCGGGUCAUUUAGCGCGGGUGUGAGGACCGGGUCAUUUGGCGCAGGUGUGAUGCCCCGGUCAUUUGACGCAGGUAUGAUGCCCGGGUCACUUGACGCGGGUGCGAUGCCCGUGUCAUGUUUUGUCUACGUUCUCAUCAGGGUCUGGGCAACAAUAAAAAAUAAAUCAGCCUUUUAAAGAAAUUCAGUCUUUGUUAACAGGCAACUGAUUAAAUAAACUUUUUUAAAAAAAGCUCGACCUUCCUACUUAAUUAUGAUCCUCAGGACACAAGUCGACUCAAUGCCGCAAAAGUCUCCAGUAGCACAAUCUCCCCUCCUACCGGCGUCGCCAUAACACCGACCUCGGGAACAGCCCAGAACAGAUCAACAUCCACUGAGAAAUUCGUCACAAUCAUUUGGGACGAACGAACGGCGACCCCGACCGCUGCCCCUCCCGCAUCACCACCGACCACAGCGUCGCCAGGCAGCACAAACUUGGGACCGACAAUCACUGAGAAAAUAUUCAUCAUUUUCGACGGUUGAUUAAUUACUGACACACCCAAAAGAUCGACAGCCAGUUAUUAACAAAAUAAAAUAAAUCAUGACACUUUAUCAACACACAGGAGAAAUUUCCCGUGAAGCAUGUUUUUGGUUCCUAGAAUGACAGUUUCUUUGAAGUGGUAAUAAUGAAUAUUAGAAACAAUAAAAACCAUUCCAAUAAUAAUCUCCACCAACUAAAGCACCGCGCUACAAAUUUACAUUGAAUGAAAUCGUGUUAACGUCCAAUGACAAUUUUCAAUAAAGGUGAUGGCUUAAACCAAUUCACAAAAUAAUUACAUUUGCAACCGCAAGUCUGCUACCUGGCCUAGAAAAAAAGAAAAAGUAAGUGCCAGGUCAGUACCAUAUUAGGAUAGGGGCAGAAUCCCAGUUACCCCCAUAAUAUAUUUUUCAUAUAAGAGUUCCACAGUUCCCCCCCCCCCCCAAACACACACGCACUAACCAACCCAUCCAUUAACCAGGUAAAACCCUACAAAGCUGUUAAGGCGGCUGAGCUGUAGUUCGAAUGUAUCAUAUCCAUGAGUAUCUAAAUAAUUAACAUAAUUGAUUGCUGUUUUUUUAAAAUAUAAAAGAUACAUGACUGACGAGUGCACAUGUUACUAGACUGAUUCACAGUGAAACAUUCCCCAUAGUUUACAUUCAUGACUAUAGACUCCGAUGUCGAUGGUUUCCUUUGAGAUUUUCUGUAAAUACAACAGGGGACAUAACACGUGUUUUUUUUCGAGUGGAAAAAAAAUAAUGCAUAUCUUUUCAAACAAUAAUUAAACACAUUUAAUUAAAUAAUUAAAAUAUUAAUAUUUCUUGCCAUUAAAUCGUGCU